AUGUCGAGAGAGGAUAUAAUGCAACAAAGCGAUAUUGUUCGUGAGAAGAUUUUACGUUCGUUAUGGCUUAAGAAUGCGAAGCGAAUCUCAAUCUACUCUAGUGCAAACAGUGGAGAAAUACAAACUGACAAAAUUGUUGAAGAGCUAUUGAAUCAGGGCAAAGAUGUCUUUGUUCCACAAGUAUUAGUCUUCUUAGAAGCACCAGCGAACCUAACCAUUAAGACGGCUCUGUUUCAGUUUGCAACUGGAAGCCUUGUGAUGAAGAUGCUAAGAGUUCCAUCAUUUCAAGACUAUGAACGAAUGGAGCAUUAUCGUUAUGGAAUCCGUCAACCUAAACAGGAAGACAAUUGGGAACCAUACGAAAAAACAGGCGAGUUACAUUAA